CCUAGAUGUGGAGAGAGAGACAGGUGUCGAAGGGUAACAGGUGGAGUUUUUUCAGGACAAGGAGUAAUUAUAUUCCUGCUACAAACCACUGGUAUUGAGACACUGGUACAAAAAUGGGACUUGCAAACAGGAUAGAUGAUUAUAAGCUUGCAGCAACCUUGGAGAAUGAUGAGAAGAAGCGUAAAAAGCAGGUGUACAAAGCAAUGGACAAGAUGGAUAUGGAGAAGCUGAAAAAGGAAGUUGACUUGGAUGACCACAAGUUGAGCUUGGAUGAACUUCACAAGAAAUACGACACAGAUUUAACAAGGGGUCUAACCUCAACUCAAGCUAAGGAGGUCUUUCUUUGUAAUGGCCCAAACACCCUGACCCCUCCACCAACUACCCCUGAGUGGGUGAAGUUCUGCAAGCAGCUCUUUGGCGGGUUCUGCAUGAUGCUUUGGAUCGGAGCUGCCCUCUGCUUUCUAGCCUAUAUGAUCCAGGUCGUGUCUGAGCAGGAGCCAGACAGUGAUAAUUUGUACCUGGGUAUUGUGCUCUCGGUUGUUGUCAUCAUCACUGGAUUGUUCUCUUACUACCAAGAGGCAAAGAGUUCAAAGAUCAUGGACUCCUUCAAGAACCUAGUCCCACAGCAAACACUGGUUAUCCGUGAUGGUGAGAAGAAGAACAUCAAUACUGAAGAAGUGGUGGUCGGUGACUUGGUUGAAGUUAAAGGAGGAGACAGAAUCCCUGCUGAUUUGCGCAUCAUCUCUUCCAGUAGCUGCAAGGUAGAUAACUCUUCUCUCACUGGUGAAUCCGAGCCCCAAACUCGUAGUCCCGACUUCACUCAUGACAAUCCCCUAGAGACUAGAAAUAUUGCCUUCUUUUCUACCAACUGUGUUGAAGGAACUGCCAGAGGUGUUGUCAUCAACACUGGUGACCACACUAUUAUGGGUCGUAUUGCCACCUUGGCUAUGAGUCUGGAUGGUGGGAAGACGCCAAUCGCCAUUGAAAUUGAGCAUUUUAUCCACAUCAUUACCGGUGUGGCCAUCUUUCUGGGCCUGACUUUUCUUAUCCUCUCCCUCAUCUUGGGGUAUGGGUGGUUGGAGUCUGUCAUCUUUCUCAUUGGAAUAAUCGUUGCCAAUGUGCCAGAGGGUCUGCUGGCUACUGUAACAGUGUGCCUAACUCUGACUGCCAAGCGGAUGGCCAAAAAGAACUGCCUGGUGAAAAAUCUGGAAGCUGUGGAGACCCUGGGCUCCACCUCCACCAUCUGCUCCGACAAGACCGGAACCCUGACCCAGAACAGGAUGACUGUGGCCCACAUGUGGUUUGACAACCAGGUCCAUGAUGCCGACACCACGGAGAACCAAAGUGGUACCUCCUUUGACAAGACCUCUGAAACCUGGGCGGCCCUGGCUAGAAUUGCUGGCUUGUGCAACCGUGCUGUCUUCCUGGCAGAGCAGACCAAUGUACCAAUCCUCAGGAGAGAUGUGGCCGGUGAUGCCUCAGAGUCUGCGCUGCUGAAGUUUGUCGAACUCUGUUGUGGAUCUGUUAAAGACAUGAGGGAAAAGUACAGUACAGUUGCAGAGAUCCCCUUCAACUCCACCAACAAAUACCAGCUGUCCAUUCAUAAGAACCCCCUGGCUGCUGAGUCUAAUCAUCUACUGGUAUUAAAAGGAGCCCCUGAGAGGAUUCUGGAUCGCUGUUCUACUAUCCUGAUACAGGGCAAAGAACAGCCUCUAGAUGAUGAGAUGAAGGAAUCCUUCCAGAAUGCCUAUGAAGAGCUGGGUGGGCUGGGAGAGAGAGUGCUCGGUUUCUGCCAUUUUCAGCUUCCUGACAAACAGUUUCUGGAUGGCUAUGACUUUGACUGUGAACAAUGUAACUUUCCCACUGAGAAUCUGUGCUUUGUUGGCCUCAUAUCCAUGAUUGACCCUCCCCGUGCUGCUGUCCCGGAUGCUGUGAGCAAGUGUAGAAGUGCUGGAAUCAAGGUUAUAAUGGUCACUGGUGAUCACCCCAUUACUGCUAAGGCGAUUGCUAAGGGUGUGGGUAUCAUCUCUGAGGGUAAUGAGACUGUUGAAGACAUUGCUGCUCGUCUGAAUGUUCCAGUUUCUGAGGUCAACCCAAGGGAUGCCAACGCAUGUGUCAUCCACGGUGGAGAGCUGAAGGACAUGACAGAGAAACAGUUGGAUGACAUCUUAAACUAUCAUACUGAGAUUGUGUUUGCCAGAACUUCUCCUCAGCAGAAGCUCAUCAUUGUGGAAGGUUGCCAGCGUCAGGGUGCCAUCGUGGCUGUUACAGGUGAUGGCGUGAAUGAUUCCCCUGCCCUGAAGAAGGCUGACAUUGGUGUUGCUAUGGGUAUUGCUGGAUCUGACGUUUCCAAACAGGCUGCAGACAUGAUCCUUCUAGAUGACAACUUUGCCUCCAUUGUCACCGGUGUUGAAGAGGGCCGUCUGAUCUUUGACAACUUGAAGAAGUCUAUCGCCUAUACACUGACCAGUAAAAUUCCAGAGAUGUCUCCAUUCCUCCUAUUAAUCGUUGCUAACAUUCCACUGGCCCUGGGAACAGUCACCAUCCUCUGUAUUGACUUGGGAACUGACAUGAUCCCUGCUAUCUCCCUGGCCUAUGAAGAAGCAGAGAAUGAUAUCAUGAAGAGACAGCCCAGAAAUGCCAAAACAGACAAACUGGUGAACCAGAGGCUCAUUAGCAUGGCCUACGGUCAAAUUGGUAUGAUUCAGGCCACAGCUGGGUUUUUCACAUACUUUGUGAUCAUGGCUGAAAAUGGGUUCUUUCCCACAGAUUUGAUAGGUAUCCGUGUGGACUGGGAAAACAGCUACAUCAACGACAUUGAGGACAGCUACGGUCAACAAUGGACAUAUGAAAGCAGAAAGGUUGUCGAGUUUACGUGCCACACAGCGUUCUUCGUCAGCAUCGUUAUUGUGCAGUGGGCCGAUCUGAUCAUCUGUAAGACCAGGAAGAAUUCCCUUGUUAAACAGGGACUAAUGACGAACCGUGUUCUACUUUUCGGCUUGUGUACCGAAACGGCCAUGGCUCUUUUCCUGUCCUAUUGCCCUGGAUUGGAUGUUGCUCUCAAAAUGUACCCACUCAAGCCUUGGUGGUGGUUAUGUGCAUUACCCUACUCUCUGCUCAUCUUCCUGUAUGACGAGGUUAGGAAAUACAUUCUGCGACGGAACCCAGGAGGUUGGGUGGACCAGGAGACAUACUACUGAAACAAAGAGGCCAGGAUUACUGUCACUCUGGUACUGCAUCUCAACCAACAACAUUACAUUUAACUCUUAUGUAGCAGUUUCAGCCAAUGAACACUGAUAAUGGACUACAGUGAGGAGGUCUUGAUUAUUCUCAUGUAAUUUGGGAUAAACAUUAAUUAUGUACAACUCUAUUCAAUCUGUACCACUGAAGUAUUACAUAUUAUUUCCCAUUUUUUCUCCAGUUGAGCUGAAAUGUGCAGCGUUUACCCUAAAUAUAUAAAUAGGAGCAUUGCCUUGAAUGUAAAUCCAAUAAAGAAUUGUGCUGAUCAAGUACAUUUUGACCAGUUGUUUUAUGGAGUUAAAACAGCGAAGUGAAAAAGCCCCAUAUCAGUAUACAUUUUAUUGGAAUAGGAAUAAAAACAUUUUGGAUUUUUGAUACAUUUAAUAUUUUCGUGGAUGGGGUAAUUGCCUAACACAAAGCCAACAUGUCCUGUUGCUUAAAAAUUUGAGUUCUCUAAAUUGAUUAUAUAGUUUUUUCAAUUAAUUGCUAUUAAUCUACAGCUAAAGAAUUUCCUAUUAAUAAAUAUAUCUAUGACUUUAAGAUCCCAAGGACUGGUGUCACUUUCUGUUAUGAGCACACUAAGACAUUGUGAACCAGUAUAAUUUCAAACGAAAACUAGCUCUGUUGGGGUUGCUGAUCAGUCCAUCAGUGCAUUUGGCUGAGGAGUAUAGAGUGGUGGGGUCAGAGAACAAUAUACAACAGAGUGACUAAGUGUGUAAGUCAGUAUGUCGGGGAUAUACAGUGGGGAGAACAAGUAUUUGAUACACUGCCGAUUUAGCAGGUUUUCCUACUUA